CCGCGGAGGUUGGCUCUCCGGGCGGCGGCCGCGCUGGGGGGAGGUCGGCGGGGACGGCGCUCCGCCCGAGGAGCCCCCCGGCUGCGCUCCCCUUCAGCGGUCCCGAACGGUAGAAGGACGUUUGGGUCCGGCGCGCCCGGUGCCUGAGCCGGCUCCGUAACUGAGGGACUGCAGCGCCUCUUCGUAAUGCGCGUUACUGAAGCCUGCUCUCCGGUCCGCACGGGAAGUUUCUGCCGGCAGGAAUGUCCCGGGAGUAGAGAUGGGAGAUAAAGUAACUUGCAGAAUCGGCUUCCGAAUAAGGGGGCGUCUGAACAUACAAGUCUGUGCCUCAAUGAGGGAACCGGGGAGUUGGAGGCUUCCGUGUUGGUUAGAUGCCUUUUGAUUGCAAGACCGCUGAAAUGUUUUGAGGGCUGCCUCUCCUCUCCUAACCAUGAACAGUUCAAAAUCACCAGGGCUGGCUGGAUUUGGAAUCUUGAAAAACACAACCUGCCACACGGAGAAGAAGAUUUCCGUUUUCUUUUCGAUAAUCUUCAUGACGGUGGGAAUUUUGUCCAACAGCCUUGCAAUUGCAAUUCUCCUGAAGGCGUAUCAGAGAUUUAGACAGAAAUCGAAAGCCUCCUUUUUGCUUCUUGCUAGUGGUUUGGUCGUCACCGAUCUCUUCGGCCACCUCAUCAAUGGAGCCAUUGCAGUGUUUGUGUAUGCAUCGGAUAAAGACUGGAUUCGAUUUAACCAGUCCAACAUUCUUUGCAGUGUUUUUGGCAUCUGCAUGGUUUUCUUUGGUUUGUGCCCGCUCUUCCUGGGCAGUGUGAUGGCUGUUGAACGGUGCAUUGGAGUCACUAAGCCAAUAUUUCACUCUACAAAAAUGACUUCUAAACAUGUAAAAAUGAUGUUGACUAUGGUAUGUCUGUUUGCUGUUCUUAUAGCUUUGCUGCCUAUUCUUAGGUUUAGAGCCUAUCAAAUUCAAGCAUCGAGGACCUGGUGCUUCUAUAAAACAGAACAUGUUGAGGACUGGGAAGACAGAUUUUAUCUCUUACUUUUUUCUUGCCUUGGGUUACUGGCCCUUGCUAUUUCAUUCUUGUGCAAUGCUGUCACAGGAAUUACCCUCUUAAGAGUCAAAUUUAAAAGUCAACAAAGACAAGGCAGAUCUCAUCAUUUUGAAAUGGUCAUACAGCUCUUGGCUAUAAUGUGUGUUUCUUGCAUUUGCUGGAGUCCAUUCCUGGUGACAAUGGCCAGAAUUGGGAUAAAUGAGAGUCGUUCAAAGGACACCUGUGAAACAAUACUUUUCGCUCUCCGAAUGGCAACGUGGAAUCAGAUUUUAGAUCCCUGGGUGUACAUUCUUCUCCGGAAAGCUGUUCUUAAAAACCUAUACAAGAUCACAAGGGGAUGUUGUGGCGUGCACAUCAUAAACUUACACAUGUGGGAACUCAGCUCCAUCAAGAAUUCUCUGAAGGUUGCAGCAAUAUCUGACUCACCAGUAAGUUCCAAACAAAUAAACCUACAGCCGCUCAGCUCUAUGGGGCAAUAAAGUUAAACACAGUGUAUGAAGAGAUGAUGGACGCAACGCUCAUACACAGGCAAUACCUUAAAAUUAAUUCCAAGGCUCAGUGGUUUGGCAUUUGUUUUAAAUUGGGAGUGGUUUGCUCUUAUUGCUUACCAGUUUGAUAUUGCUACUCCAAAAGAUGCACUUGAAUGUUUUAAUUCCCUUUAGAAUACAUCCUUUCCAAAACUGGUAGUAGAAUGAUAAAUCAGCCUGUAUUUCUCCCUUCCAGGUACUAAAGUGAACAGGGUUCCUCAUAGUAUUCCCCACCAAAUUCUUUACCUUAGCAGGCUUCUUAAGAACACAUGCAAGUGUGAAAGUGAUCUCCAAGGUGAUUUGUAGAAGGGGUAGAUUUUAUCUACCAGUGAUAUCCUGGAAUCCUCUGCAAAGUCACUGCUUCCUAGGUCCACCAUCCUUUCCAUAAGGGUAUUCUUUGCCUCUAGGCAUUGAAUUUUCCAAUUGGAUAUAUAAAAGACAUUUUGCUUGUGCCCAGCGUAUUAAAUGAUCCAAUUUGCUUGGUUCAUUGACUUGACCUCUUAAUUAUUUACUGUUCCAUGAAUUUUUUGGGAGAGCUGCAAACUUCAUCAGUGUAAGUGCUACUUUCAAAUCACUGACAAAACAUGAGGUUUCCUCUGGGAGCACAGAAGCAGAUCAGCUCAGCUUGCUUACAGUUACAUUUUCAGAUCUAUUGAUGAGUUUUUAGUCCUUUCAACAAAUUCUGUUGAAACUAACAGGCAUAAAGCUGUGGUUAGUCUGUAAAAAGAGUAGGUUGGAGUUUUUUCCCAAAAUGAAGGAAGUUUCUUGAAAUGUUCCCCUAAUGCAUAUACUGAAAUGCUCAUGAGGUACAUCUGCUUUGUUUGUAAAAGGUCACACGUGUCUCAUGAAAAAUGUGUGUGAUCAAAUGAGCACCUCUACAGGGAGCUGCACUGGGAGUGUGGUUUUGUUUGUGAAAGCAAACUGCAUGCUCAGUUUUUGCAGGGUCUGUGUCUGAAGAGCUGAGGACAUUCAGUAUAUCUGAAGGUGCCAGAAGGUUUCCAGGACUUUACACAGGAGGCCCUUCACCUUUAAUACUGCUAAAAGAAGCUUUGGUUUUUGUGACUAUAUUCUGUUCAGAAGCAAAGAUGAGAGUAUCAGAGACUUUGCAGCAGAGGGAGUGUUUUAAGAUAGAUAUGUCUAUGUUAUUUUUACCUACUUAACUUCAAAUAACUACAUCAGUGAAUUGUUGGUAUAUUUGGACAACAAAGUUAAAAACUGACUCACCAAGAAGACAGUCUGAGGGACCAAAUCUAUUCACAAACUACAAAUUCACGUUGUAAGUGAGAAUAGUUUAAGGCAGAAAAUAAAUACCCAAAAGGUUUAAAUAUUUCAAUUUUUUGUUUUAAAAGCUAUUUCCUUUUUGUUUUAAAAAGGUUGAAAAAUAAGUGGGUUAAAUAACCCUGUAACAAAAUGAAAUGGCUUCAUUUACCCUAAAGAAUUUCUGUAUGUGAUUUAUUUUCUCAGUCACAGAGCUGAUAAACCGUGGACAGAUUUGAUGCUGGUAUAAGCUCCGCCCUGUUGCUUCACGUGGGUUCUGCUGAAAUCUGGAAGUGUUCAGUCAGUGCUCAGUUUGGCUUUUUCAUUUCAUAGAAUGUGACAUCAGUCUAUCUGUUGACAUAAAUUAUUUGUUCUUUAUGGAAGAUUGUUGUUUUAGCAGCUGCAAAAAAAUGUUGGUCCGUAAAGUGUUGAGGUAGUUGAUCGGUGAAUGAAGCUCGUCGAUGUUCCAUUUUGUUAUGUGUAUAAAUGUAGCUUGUGUAGUUCAUACUGGUUGACUUGUAAAACAAACAAAAGUUUAUAUGUAUAUGUGAUUUCUUAUAUUUUGUGUAAUAAUACAUAUUGAAUGUAAAUUGCAAAGCCUCAUUAAAGUUAUCAAACUGUA